UUUUGGUUCGGCUGAAACGAAUUAACAUGGAAAACACCGAGAAAAGUAUGGAAGUCGACGUCGUUGCGCUGCCUAUCCAAGAAAAGGUCACAAAGAAACAAAAGCAUGAAAAAGGACCUCAAAAGUCGAAACUGGAGCUACGCAGAGUGUACAUACCACGCACACGAAAAGGGGCGCUGAAAGAGAACUGGAUGCAGAUCUUCACUCCCGUAGUUGAACAGUUAAAACUGAGGAUCCGGUACAAUAUCAAAACGAGCCACGUCGAAAUACAACCGACCAACGAAACACCAGACCUAUCCUACCUGCAGAAAGCGGCAGACUUUGUGCGAGCUUUUGCCCUCGGCUUCGAGGUCGAAGAUUCACUGGCGUUGAUCCGUUUAGACGAUCUUUUCAUUGAAACGUUCGAGGUGACGGACGUGAAGUCGCUCAAAGGUGAUCAUCUUAGCAGAGCCAUCGGGCGAGUGGCUGGUAAGGGUGGCCGCACAAAGUUCACCGUUGAGAACACGACCAAGACGCGUAUCGUGCUGCAGGACUCGAAGAUUCACAUCAUGGGCAGCUACAAGUACAUUCAGCACGCCAAGCGCGCCCUAAGUCAUCUAAUUCUCGGUUCGCCUGCCAGCAAAGUGUACGGUAAUCUGCGAUCCGUAGCCGCCAGCCAAAACUCGCAGCGGAUGUGAGAGGUCGAAGGCCGUCUUGGAUAUAAAUGGAAUUGUUUUAUAAGCAUCGGCUAAAAGAAAGUUUGGUGAGAUAUGCGAGGUGCCUCGUUAUGUUGUGCAUUUUGACUACGAAUA